UGGCUCAGGAAUUUUCACUUUACAAAAUCUCAAUUAUUACUUUCUUGUUCGAUAGUUAUGGAAAUUUCUGGUUCACAUGGCUGAGCUGUUUUUAGCAAUAAAAUUGAAGAGAAAGGGAGCAAUUUGAGUCUAGCACAGCGAUGGUUUGCCCAUUAACAAGAGCAUGGAAACUGACAGCAACAACCAGUGGCUAUUGUUCUAACUCCAUGGCUUUCUUCUUAUCCACUACAUCCAACCCACAAAAUAGAAGGCAGAGUUUGACUGUUUUGUCUUUUGAUCCCACAUCUUCAUCUUCUGUGAGCUCUUCUUGCUCUAAUUCUCCUCUAACUGUUUACUCAACCAACAAGAAAUAUGUGCCAAUUGCAAGAAGCGAUGCUGGUUGUUUGACCGAUGUACAUAGUGAUGACAAAGUUGAGAAAGAAACAUCCACAACAAAGAAUGUGGAGAUUGAAGAAAAGUUGGUGGUUAGAAAGCAGCCUUUGUGGCAAAAGCUUAUGUUUGCAUCCAAGAAGAUCAGGAGUAUUGUCUUGCUCAAUUUCAUCACCAUUGUUUAUGCAAGUGAUAUUCCAGUUAUAAAAACAGUUGAAACUAUAAUGGACCCGGCACCCUUCUCCGCUGUGCGGUUUGUCGUGUCAGCCAUACCUUUCUUGCCAUUUAUGCUUCGGGCUCGAGAUGAUGUUCAUAUCCGCAAGGCAGGGAUAGAGUUGGGACUCUGGGUCAGUUUCGGCUACUUUGUUGAGGCACUUGGACUGCUAACGGCUGAUGCUGGGCGUGCAUCAUUUAUUUCUCUGUUUACAGUUAUCGUGGUAGCAAUGCUUGAGAGCAUGUUAGGAGCUAUAGUACCUGCUCGUACUUGGUUUGGAAUUCUCAUGUCUGCACUAGGUGUCGCAAUGCUGGAAUGUAGUGGCUCCCCACCCAAUUUUGGAGAUCUUCUAAGCUUUUUGAGCGCUAUAUUUUUUGGAAUUCACAUGCUCAGGACUGAACAUCUUUCAAGAAGCACAAAGGAGGAGAACUUCUUGGCACUUCUCGGAUAUGAGGUCUGUGUUGUUGCUCUGUUUUCAACGCUCUGGGUUGUAAUUGGAGGAUGGUUCGAUGGCACACAAGAUUUCGAUAAAUCAUCUUGGACAUGGGAACUGCUGUGGGACUGGAUGGUUGCCUUCCCCUGGGUUCCUGCACUAUAUACCGGCAUAUUCUCAACCGGAUUGUGCCUGUGGAUAGAGAUUGCUGCUAUGCGUGAAGUGUCAGCAACAGAAACAGCCAUUAUUUAUGGGAUGGAGCCAGUGUGGGGAGCUGGUUUUGCAUGGUUUCUCCUUGGCGAAAGGUGGGGUACAACCGGAUGGAUCGGGGCUGCUCUUGUGCUUGGUGGAAGCUUGAUAGUGCAGAUAUUUGGAUCCUCUGAUACAAAGGGGUCUGUAGAGGUUGAAAGAGGAAAUCAGAAAGGAAACCUCCUGCUGGUUUCAGAAGUGGACAAAGGAAAAUUACAGAAAAAGCUAUCUACUUCACCAAUUGUUGUCAGAUCCAGAAAGGAUAUGAUGGAUAUGUUUUAAGUGAUCCAUCUCACAAUUGUUUUCCCAAAUAUAUAACUUGUUGCUUAUAUUGCUAUAAUUUAUGUAUUAUGUUGUAUAUAUAUAAAAGAAUUCUAAAUUUUUCACUAUUCAAGUUAAUUCAAAUCAAGAUAUAAAAGAAUUUAAGGGCUUUUGCCAUGUUCAUA